UGACGCGGAGAAGCAGCCCCUUCUCAUUUCCAGCCCCACUGAGCUCCAUUUUCUUCUUUCCCGAUAAUCAGGACCUGAGGAGUAAAGACUUGGAAAAAUGAAUGAAGAAUACGACGUUAUCGUCCUGGGCACCGGGCUUACGGAAUGCAUCCUCUCAGGCAUCAUGUCGGUGAAGGGGAAGAAGGUGCUGCACAUGGAUCGUAACUCCUACUACGGAGCCGAGAGCGCCUCCAUCACACCUCUGGAAGACCUCUUCAAGCGCUUCAACCUCCCCGGCAAACCUCCUGAGACAAUGGGAAAAGGACGGGACUGGAACGUGGACCUCAUCCCUAAAUUCCUCAUGGCCAAUGGUCAGCUGGUCCGCAUGCUGCUGAUCACACAGGUGACUCGCUACCUCGACUUCAAAGUGAUCGAGGGCAGCUAUGUGUACAAAGGGGGCAAAAUCCACAAAGUCCCCUCAACUGAGACCGAGGCUCUGUCAUCUAGUCUGAUGGGGCUGUUUGAGAAACGGCGCUUCAAGAAGUUCCUGACCUUCAUCGCCAACUUCGACGUGAAUGAUCCCAAAACCAUGGAGGGCGUCGACCCCACCAAGACAACAAUGAGGGCCAUUUACCAAAAGUUUAGUCUGGGCCAGGAGGUCAUCGACUUCACCGGCCACUCCCUCGCUCUCUACCGCACAGACGAUUACCUGGAUCAACCAUGCAUUGACACAGUAAACAGGAUAAAGCUUUACAGUGAGUCUUUGGCCAGAUAUGGAAAGAGCCCAUACCUCUACCCGCUGUACGGCCUUGGAGAGCUGCCUCAAGGCUUUGCCAGGCUGAGCGCUAUCUACGGUGGGACGUACAUGUUGAACAAGCCCAUCGACGAGAUCGUGGUGGAGGAUGGAAAGGUGGUGGGAGUCAAGUCUGAGGGAGAGAUCGCCAGGUGCAAGCAGCUGAUCUGCGACCCCAGCUACAUCAUGGACCGCACCAGCAAAGUGGGCCAGGUGAUCCGAGUCAUCUGCAUCUUGAACCACCCCAUCAGCAACACCAACGAUGUCAACUCCUGCCAGAUCAUCAUCCCCCAGAACCAGGUCAACAGGAAGCACGACAUCUACGUCUGUAUGAUCUCCUCCGCUCACAACGUGGCAGCACAGGGGAAAUACAUCGCCAUCGCCAGCACCACAGCGGAGACGAACGACCCCGAGAAGGAGAUCAAGCCCGCCCUGGACCUGCUGGAGCCCAUCGAGCAGAAGUUCGUCAGCCUCAGCGACCAGUUCGCACCCACCGACAUGGGCACCGAGAGCCAGAUUUUCAUCUCCCGUACAUACGACGCUACAACCCACUUCGAGACCACCUGCGACGACAUCAAGGACAUCUUCCUGAGGAUGACCGGCUCGGAAUUUGACUUUGCCGAGAUGGAGCGCGGGAAGAAGGACAUCUACGGCGACGCGGCAGAGUAGAGGGGGCGAGCCGACCACACGCUUCGCUAAGAACACUCUCCGACGGAUCAUCAACAGACGACGCUGCCGACAUCGGAAAUCUUACAAAAAAUAGAAAACCUACACAAAAACGUACACACCAAUGGGCCGGCCGAUUAUCCAAAUACACGGUCGGCCCAUUGAGGAAGUUCAUGAUAUAGAGAGAUAUGAUAUAGUAUUGUUGGAUAGGGUUCAGGGAGGGAGCUAUGCUUUUUUUUUUUUUUUUUUUUUUUCUAAUCACAUUCAGACGGAUGUUGCACUAAAACACUGGUUAUGCCUGAUAUACAGUUAAUACCCGACAUUCUUUCUUCUGCUGCUGUCACGUUUUAAAGACGACGCAUAGUCCAAAGAUGCCAAAUCAAAAGACGAAUCAUAAUCAGUAGUAUUUUACAGAGUGUGUGUGUCGGGGAGGGGAGAGGAGGAGGAACAGGGGGAGGAGGGGGGGGUCUCUGCAGGUAAUUUUUCAUGUGGCUUGGCUUUGUCAGUCUGAGUCUAAUCAUGUGAGCAGCUGAUGGUUCCUUACCGGGUGUAGCGAUACAAGCACACCCAGCAGCAGCAGCAUGAGGAGGCACCUCAGUCCGUCAGAUAAUAGAGUCCUAUUGUGUGAGAUCAAGUGGUUUUAGGGGUGCGUGGGCUUGAUAUUUUUAUGUUGUUGUUUUUUUUGCCCCCCUCUUUUUCUUUUUUUUUCCCGUCGUCUCAUCUCCAGCACAGCACAGCCAGACACUAUAAACCAUAAGCCAAGCCACCAAAAAAGGUGGGCGACCGUAGUCCAGCAUAAAACUACCUGAACCUGUAUUUCAACAGCUUGAGUUACUAUAACGCAUCAGAGGAGAUAUAUUAGUUCCUGUAUUAUGCAAAAAAAUUAAAAAAAAAAAAAUUGAUGGGUGACCCGAGCAUUAACAGCUGAUUGAUGGGAAGUGUGGUUUGACUGUAAUCGCUUAAGAAGGACCAAAAUGUGUACUGCAGCAGUAUUGAACUGAUGAGAGCCCCUGUGAUAUCUUCUGUUUUGAACAACUGUAUAAAAAAACAAAUAAAUAAAUAAAUAAACAUCUCGGGCUCAAAUGAUUUCUGUACUGCAAAGUAAAAAAAAACAAAAAAACAUCUUUGUCAAAAAUCAAA